AGCAGAUGCUCUGUCCUUUCCAUCUGAGCAAACAUGAUACACACAGGUUGCAUCUUCUACAUCUUUAUGCUGGUCAUUCUCACUGGGGCUUCUGAAAGCGGCAUCUUUGGAGGCCGCAUUUCAAAGCCACACUCCAGGCCCUACAUGGCAUCACUUCAGUACGGAACAGAUCACAUGUGCGGUGGCAUCCUUAUUCGAAAGGACUUUGUUCUUACUGCGGCACACUGUGUUAGUAUUGACCAAGUGGUGCUUGGGGCCCAUAAUAUCAGUAAGAAGGAGGAAAGUCAGCAAAGGAUCAAAGUGGCAAAGUUCAACAGACAUCCAAAAUACAAAGGUUAUCAAAAUGACAUUAUGUUGCUUAAGCUGGAAAAUAACGCCAAACUGAAUAAAAACGUCCAGCCCAUUGAGUUACCAAAGAAAGAAAAGAAUAUAAACAGCAACCUUGAUUGUCUAGUUGUUGGCUGGGGCAAAACUGGACAACAUGAACCCAUUUCCACUGUUCUGAAAGAAGCGACAGAAAAGACACAAUUCAAGGUUGAGUGUGAUAAAAUCUGGAAAGAGUAUUUCAUUGCCCAGCAAAUGAUUUGCACCAAGUUUAAAAAGAACACGGGAGGAAUAUGCCAGGGUGAUUCUGGUGGACCUCUGAUCUGCAAAAACAAGCUUAAGGGUAUAACUGCAUUUACUCUUGAAAACCAAUGUGACAAUGCAAAGUUUCCACAUGUAUUUACCAAAGUUGAUUUCUUUCUUCCCUGGAUCAAAAAGAUAAUCCAGGCUGUUCAUCCUUUCCCUGCAAACAUGUUACACGCAAUUGCCGUCAUUUAUGUCCUUCUGCUCAUCAACUUCAGUGGGGCAACUAAGUAUGGUAUAACUGGUGGCAAAGUUGCAAAACCACAUUCCAGACCCUACAUGGCGUCAUUACAGAUUCAAGGACAGCAUGUAUGUGGCGGGAUGCUUAUUCGGAAGGAUUAUGUUCUAACCGCAGCACACUGCAAAGACUGUUACCAAGACAUCACGGUUGUCCUUGGGGCACAUAACAUCAGCACGAAGGAGGGAAGCCAACAAAGGAUUAAUGUGAAGAAGUACCAUGUACAUCCGCAAUUUAAAGCCGACCAAUACGAGUAUGACAUUAUGCUCCUUGAGUUGGAAAAAAAUGCCAAAGUCAACAACAAUGUAGCGACAAUUAAUUUAGCAAAAAAAGACGAGGACAUUCCAGCCAACACCAAUUGUGAAGUGGCUGGCUGGGGAAAAACUGGACCAAACGAACCUAUUUCAGAUGUUCUGAUGGAGACCACAGAGAGUAUCCAAUUCAGCUUUGAGUGCAAACAUAUCUGGAAAGAGUAUUUCAAUUCCUCACAUAUGAUCUGCACCAAGUUUAACAAAAAGACAGGAGGAAUAUGUCAGGGAGAUUCUGGGGGACCUCUUAUUUGCAACUCCAAGGCUCAAGGAAUAGCUGCUUUUACUUUAGAAAAAAAAUGUGAUGACCCAAAGCAUCCACAUGUUUUCACUAAGGUUUGUUCCUUUCUGCAGUGGAUGAAGAAGGUGAUGAAAGGCUGAGGCAACCUCAUUUAAUGGAAAGUUUAGUAAAAUCUACCUGUAGAAACCUGAUAGAAGUGUUUGUGGACAAGAU